UACCCUGCUUGAGAAUUACAAAAUGUAAACAAAAUUAUAUAAUUUUGUAUUUUAUUUAGUAAUAUUUUAAAUUUCACACAAAAUGACAACAAAUAUGUUGAAAUCUUGCGCGAUGGUUAUCCCGAGAUUUACCACUUCCAUACGCCGGUUUAGUCCAAAACCGGAUCAACGCCAGGCAGAACUUAUGGCACGCAGUCUUCCCAAAAGAGCGCCCCUGCAAGGUGUCCAAGAUAUUGUGGUGGUUUCAUCCGGAAAAGGGGGCGUGGGCAAGACAACAACAGCGGUCAACUUGGCUGCCACGCUUGCGAACAUGGGCAAACGGGUGGGCAUUCUAGAUGGGGAUGUAUUUGGUCCAUCAGUGCCACUGAUGAUGAACAUUGCGGAAGUGCCACUGGUUAAUGAGAGUAAUCGUAUGGUGCCACCCAUUAACUAUGGGGUGAAAUGUCUUUCUAUGGGACUCCUCGUGGAACAGGGUCCAGUUGUAUGGAGAGGUCCUUUGGUAAUGUCAGCCAUCCAAAGGUUGCUUAAGGGAGCGGUGUGGGGACCAUUAGAUGUUCUCAUAGUCGACACCCCGCCAGGAACGGGGGAUGUACAUUUAUCUCUGAGCCAACUUGUGCCAAUAUCUGGCGUUAUACUAGUUAGCACUCCACAAUUGGCGGCUCUAGAAGUGACAAAAAAGGGUGCCGAUAUGUACACAACUUUAAAGGUUCCGUUGAUUGGACUAGUUGAAAAUAUGAGUCAUGUCAUCUGUGAUAGAUGUGAGAAUCACAUCGAGCUAUCGAAAAACUCAACCCAAAUAUUCGCCGAUAAGCUUAAUAUUGAUGUGCUGGAAAGGAUUCCUAUGGAGAAAGAAGUAAUGCAGUGUGGAGACUUAGGAACACCACUGUGCUUGAAAUAUCCGGAUUCUAAAUUUGCGGAUGCAUAUCGGAUCAUAGGAAGAAAAGUGAUAGAUUUUUUAGACAAUAAAUAAAAAUAAAAGUUA